AAUCUUUCUCCAUUCCUCCAAUAGUCACCCCCCCCCUUCCUUCGUUCCUCUCCCUUUUCGACCGCCGCUUCUUUGCUCACCUUCUCUCACCCGUGAUUCUUGUCCCUCUUCUCUUUCUCGGACCAGCCCUCUCAGGCUCCCUUUUGACCUACCACCCAGCUCGCUUUGGACCACCGGUAUCACUGAUCUAGCCCACUUACGUAUGCCUGCUGAAUACAUCAUCAACGCUCCCCUUCUACGGCUCUGAAGUCGGCUUCCGCUCCUCCUUUCCCUAACCAAGGCGGGCCGCCACGCAAGUCGUUUCACGUCUCCGCCCAUCCCUCUUGGUACCCUCCCCCCCCCCCCCCCGGCUCUUGGGUAGUUGGUGACCCACCCGCUUAUAUCGGGAAUAAAGAUUAAAAAAUAAUCGGGGUGUUUCGUCACGCCACCCCCCGGACAGGUGGUGGUUCGUAUAAAGUGGGAUGGCGCCCUCAAGCUGGAAUUGUUUUUCCAACGGUGACAUUAAACUUUCGAGCGAACAAAAGAGGAGAAGCAAGAUGACAGCUUCCGUUGACCCUACAAGAGCCAUAACAGAGGAGGAGCCUUUCCAGGUCAAUCAGUCAAAACAAACAAGUAACCUUCGUGCCACUCAAUUUAAGGACCAGUAUGGAAAUCCCAUAGCUGAACCGGAUCUGAGCAACCCGACCAGAAACCGUUGGGAGCGACCGCUCGACACAAUUCGUGCUUUCGAAGACGCGAUUUACAAAGAGCAUCGACGUGCGCCUUCCUAUGGCGACCGAAGGAGCGGCCCUUCGUCAGAGACUGGGAAUGCCGCGGAUAAUCAGCAGCAGAAUCACUACGAUUUCCAUACCCGAAGUAAUACCAGUACUCCGCGAAACCCUCACUAUGACGUGUACUCUGGUCGUUCUGCAACACCUCGGUCGGGAAUGGAUGGUUAUGGAGAACCGGAAGCAGGCUAUGGCCGUAUGAAUGCACGCUCACCCAUUUACAACGGUAGAAUGUCACCUCGCAACCACGGACACCAUCAGGGUUACGGUUAUCCCCAGGGUCCGGCGGGUCCACCACGUCCGGGUCACGAUAGACGGCAGCAUUACGAUCCAUAUGCACAUGGCCAUCGUCCCAAUAUUGCCGAAGGGAUUGGACACCCAGCGCACCGCAACGCGCCUAGUCCUGAGAGCUAUCAGUCAAAACCGGCUUCAAAUUCCUCCGGACCGGAGUCUGAUAUUUCGCACGGAUCGGCAGGCGGUCCCCCCGCUCAGCCUCAACCUGUGGAUAGCUAUGGCUUUGCUAGUGGCCAGGGUUCUGGGCAGCCCGAGUUAUUCGCAACUUCUACGCAACUCUAUGAGCCUUUGUCACCCGGGGAAAAUUGGAAUGCACCGAAACCUAAUGCACCACCAACGCCGCCAGCAGAGGCAGAUCAGAAGGCUGUUCCCUCGCCGCCGCCGGCACAGCAACCGGAAUCGAACGCCGUGGCCGAGAAGAGGAAGAGUUGGUUCAAGCGGAAAAUGGGCAAGGGCUAGACUUGGUUCCUGCUUCUUUUCUCUUCCGGUGGGGAAGUUCGGGUUUGACUUGGUUUCCCGGAUCAGGGUCAAGAACGUGUUUGAUGUCCAAGUUCGAGUGUAUGAGUGCAGCUGUAUUAUAUUCACGUACUUUUCCUCUGCACCGUGCCCGCCUUCAUUCUAAUUUCUUUUGUUUCUGUUUGCUUUUUGGGCGCGAGGCAAGGGGAUCUGAUGACGCAGUGCUCACUCUCGCGGCGAUCCCGGUGAUGCCAAUACCUUGGCCGUUCAUAAUCUGCCGGAAUGUUUUCACAUAGUGCGGUGCUAUGAGUUACGAACGGGGGGGUUCCAAGGAGUCCCUUUUUUUUUCCUUUUCUCUUUCUUUGCUUUCCCUCUCUCUGGGGUGGGUGUGGGUUUAACGCGGGGGAGACCGGGAGAAUUGGUAAUGGGGGGGGGGGGUGGG